AAGUGGAACCUGGAAACAUUCAUGAUUGUUUUGAAGUUUUUAUUUGGCUUUCCUGUGGAUGUCACAUCAACCAAUUUCCUGCCUCUUUUUGAGAUGGGCCAUAGCAUUUUCAACAAUGAGUUGUUCACAAUGAAGUUGAGGAGGAAGAUUACCAUGUCUAAUUAUCUGGCUUUUUCCCAAGUGCGGCAACUUGUAGUUGUUUCCUCCAUAAUCCUUCAUCACCUCAAUCAUGCAAGAUUGCAAAGAUACAAAUACCCUAUUUAGAUUUUGUGCCGUUAAUUCGUUGAAUGAUUUCUCUAGGGCAACAACAAGCUCAUCGAUGGUCUUGGGUGCGUCUUGAUAUUGUAGAGACUGAAUAGCACUAAAAAAACCGAGAUCAAGAACAUUCAAAUCCAGACUACUUGGAGUUUGACAAGACAAACGAAUAUCAAACCGAUCUAUCCUUGAAGCUUCUACAAAUUGAACAUCCGAUGGUAGAAUGUGCGGUCUUGCAUUGUCUUGUUGAAUAUAGAUAGUCUCCAUUCCGAAAGAUUGUGGCCACUUCUAAUUGCUGGCAAUAACUUCUCAAUCAUACAUUUGCGAGUAAUGUCUUUUGUCACUGCUGUUAUUGCCUUUGUCUCGAGAGUACCAGCAGACCGAUUUUUGCUACUCCAUUUAGCAAGUUCUUUGUAUGUGAACGGGAAAAUUCCUAUCGUGCCGGGAAAUAUUUCAUUUUGGUGAGCAUCAAAACGCGGUCGAGCCACUGUGGCUAGAAACAUCACUUUUGUAAUGAACCGCUUGCUUUUGCAAGUCCGCUAUGGUUCAUUUUCUUCUGGCAAAAGGCUGCAUUAUUUUUUGGAGUGGAGAUGCUUCUUUUGAAAUGCAAGGCUUGGUUAAUUGAUUUAUCAUCACAAGAAGGAAUUUGCUCACUGCAACAGUUGGAUAAUUUAAUCCAUAUAUGGAGGUUUGGUGUACAGCAUGCAAAUGAUUUCAUUCCAGAACUUUGUACGAGCUAUCUUGCAAGGAACUUUAUGUGGGUGAUGAACUGCAACUCUUUUCCUUGUAUACCCUGGAAUUUGUUAGUUUCUUGCGUUAAGCAUCCUGAUUUGACUGUAGACAGUGAGAGGCAUCUUGCUGAUUCUUUGAUAGCUUGGCUUGCUUCUAACAAUGAACAAGUUGAACGCUGGCACAACACCGGAGAUGAUUGCAGUGGAAUUCUAAAAGAGAUCCGCAUUAGCCUCUUGCCAUUGUGGUUUGCUGCAGGGAAAAGAAGGUGCUGCUACUUUUCUAAAUUAGCUGAGGAGAGCAUUGAUGCUACUCUUUAUCUAAUGACACGUCCGUCUACAAGCAUGAUGAAUGUAUCAGGAGACGUUGACUCACGCCACUUCAAGAUCAGAUUGACACAAUAUACCAAGAAAGUGGACCUUUCAGGUUGCCCACAAAUGAACUCAAGAAUUCUGCUCAUGUCAAUGCUUCCUUGUUCGUAUAGUACUGAUCUCAUGUUGACUAAGGUUGUGAAACAGUAUUCCAUUAGCCUUGAAUGGACUGAUGGAGAUCAUUGUCAAAAUUCUUCGGCUCUAUUGCCAACGUUGUCUUUUGAAGCAGUAGAGGAGGUCGAUAUUUCCAACUGUCCAAGGCUACCCCUUGAAGCUUCCAUUGAGUGCUUCUGCAAGUCAUUUCCAUCCAUGAAAAUAUUUAAGGCAGCCCACCAUUUAAACUUCAAGAUGACAAAGUUGGUUCAGCUGUUGCAAAAAUGCCCGCUCCUCGAGGAGAUUGACUUAGCAGUAGAUAUUAGUCCAGUUAUACCAUCACAAGUCUCAAUUGUAUCUUCAAGUCCUGCAAUAUCAUUGCGAGCUUCAACGAUAUCUCAUGAAAUAAAUAGUUAUCCUUGGCCUGCAUCCGAAUUGUAUACAACCAUACCAUUGCUAGCAAAUGUUACAAAGCUCACAUUGGAAGGCCGAGUGGAUCUAAGUGAUUAUGACUUGAAAAAUAUCUCAGAAAUAUGUGCUUCCUUGUUUUACCUGAAUCUUAGAGGGUGUAUUACAGUGACCGAUACUGGCAUCUCAGUUCUCAUUCUCAGAUGUGUAAAGCUUCAUUCACUUCUUGUCUGUGAUACUUCUUUUGGACACAAUUCUGCUCUGGCUCUCAGAUCUGGCAUUCCCAAUUUGAAUGAUUUUCUCACUUUGCACGUUGGAAAGAACCAUGCCAAAUCAUUGGCUUCUGAGUUUCAAGUACUGCAUGUGGGUGGUUGCCGUGGUGUGGAUGAAACAUCUCUUUCAAAACUUAUAUCUGAAACACCCAUGUUGAAGAGUCUUUGUUUGAGAGAGACUCUAAUUGUUGAUGACACUCUUUAUAGUUUCCUUGGCUCCAGCUUGGAAAUGCUUGAUGUUUCUGAUACUAAGGUUUCUAGUACUGCUUUGGCUCACAUUGUCUCUUCAAAUCCUGGUCUGUAUUGUUUGGAAGCCAAAGGAUGCAGGAAUCUCUUUCAGCAGAAAAGUAAGAUGGAAGAUGGGGAUAUUCCUUCGGUACAGUAUUCAUGUGAAGAAUGGUGUAAUGAGUUGGCAAAAACCUGCAAGUUGGAAGAAAUUGCACUUGGAUGGGGAUUUUCUUGCUGUUCUCUAGAAGCUCUGAAACCUGCAAUCGCAGCAUUAAAAGUAGUAACUGUGGGUCUUGGCGCGUCAUUAGGUCAAGAUGCAGUGGAACUCCUACCCACUAUUUGCCCUUUGCUAGAGGAAGUUAUCCUUUAUUUUCAGGUAAUUUCUGACUGUGUCUUGAUAAACAUCAUGGAAUCAUUAAGACACUUGCAAGUGUUGGCUCUCUGCUACUGUCUUGGUGAGAUAUCCCCAAUAAGCUUUAAGUUCAGUAUGCCAAAUUUGAGGAAAUUGAGGCUUGAAAGGGUAACUCCAUGGAUGACCAAUGAUCAUUUGGUUAUCCUGACUCAGAAUUGUGCAAAUUUGACAGAGCUUUUGUUGCUAGGAUGCAGACUUCUCAAUUCCGAUUCACAACGGAUCAUUUCAACUGGUUGGCCAGGCUUGAUUUCUAUUCAUCUAGAGGACUGUGGAGAAGUAACGAGAAACGGGGUUGCUUCUCUUUUUGACUGCAAAUCUGUUGAAGACAUGUUGCUGCGUCAUAAUGGCCCUGGAAUCCAGAAGAAUUUCAUUCUUGAUGCUGCUUUGUUGAUGCCAAUGCUUCGGAAACUCUCACUUGACGUGUGCGAUGCUGUUGAAGGUGACUUUGACCUUCCAAAUUUUGCUGACAGGUACUUCUUGAGCAUAGUUUCAAUAGCAAGGUGCAAGCCUCAAAGAUGUGCUUUGGACCUUCAAAAGUUAAGAAGAACACCAGUGCACAAGGAGACCUUAGUACUGGUAUGGGACAGCAAAAAUCUCACCAGAACAGUAAUCAAGGAAAGGGUGUAGCAUUUGAAAAGAGCUGGAGCCUUGGAUUUAGAUAAAUUUCCGAGGUCUUCCGGGGUAUAGUGGUUAAAUUCGUGGCAUACUUAUUCUUUCAAUUAAAAGGUUGGAAACUUGGAUACGCAUAACCAUCGCUCAGCAGUCUACAUGGCCUUUUGGGGAUUGUGUACAAUUGGUUUGUCUUUUCAGCUUCGUUUUCGUUACUUGUAUAUUGUACAAACGGGAUUCUCCAGGAGGAGUGGGGAGGGGGUUGAAGCUGUGGUUCAUUGAGUAAUGUAAUGUAUUCACAUACACCCGCCCACCCACACACACAUUCAUAUACCUCUCUGUGUGUGUGCAUGUCAUGUAUAUAUAGAAGUUGAACUAAUGUAAUCUUUUUUAGGAAAUGGAAGAACAUCAUGGUGGUACUCUAUACUAGUAGUACUACUUUUUAAA